AUGGAGACCGUCUCGCUGGCCACGCGAGGCCUCUAUUCUCAGGUACCCCCGGACUAUGAGUCCCGCGAUGAGAUCAACCCGACUCUGAUGAUGAGCUGGUGGGCCACGGGCUUCUCGCUGGCCAUCAUCGUCGUGCGCUUGUGCGGUCGCUAUGUGCGCAUGGAGCGUUUCUUCCCCGAGGACAAGAUCAUGAUGCUCAGCGUCAUCCCGCUGGCGAUACGCAUGGUGCUAGUGCACUUCGUGCUCACCUUCGGCACCAAUAAUACACAAACAGCCGGGUUGACGCAGGACCAGAUCGAGAGAAGGGCGAUCGGAAGUAAGCUGGUCCUGGUUGCGCGCAUCUUCUAUGCGAUCUUUAUCUGGACGGCUAAGCUUACGGUCUGCGAGUUCCUCAAACGAGUCACUGGCAUGGUCUGGCGCAAAUCAGUGUCUAUGUUCCUGCGCUUCAUACACUUCUUUCUCGCAUCCACGCUUGUCGCCGUCGUCAUCGCGACGCUGGCUGAAUGUCAGCCAAUAUACCAUUACUGGCAGGUCAUACCAGAUCCAGGACCUAGUUGUCGGAGCGGAUAUGCACAGCUCAUCACGAUGGGGGCUUGCGACGUCAUCACUGACCUUCUUCUCGUCGCCUUCCCUGUUCCUAUCAUCCUCAUGGCCCAAAUGCCCAUAAAAAGGAAGCUCGCCUUGGUCUUUCUCUUCGGCCUCUCCCUGGCUCUGGUCGGCAUCACCUGCUACCGUGUCCCAUCAGUGAUCAACCGGCGAGGUGCACAACCUUACCGCUCCCUUGUCGCCUCUCUAGAAAUUCUUGCUGCGACAGCUGUCUCUAAUGUCGUCGUCAUUGGUUCCUUCGUCCGCGAUCGCGGUGCCAAGAAACUCAAGUACAAGCGCGCGCAGGGCUCUGCCUCUGUCGCUGAAAGCGUAGACAACAGCUUCGCGCGCCGCACCACUGUCAUGAAGAAUCAGUGGGGCAGCGACUCUGACCUCGCUGGCGACAUGGGCAUCCGACUCGAUCCCAAGCUGUACUCAUCUACACCUGCUGGAGCUGUCCCUAUCCCAUCUCCUCCUGUGCCUCUCCUGGUCGCACGCACCGGCUCCAUCGACCCAUCCUGGUCGUUCCAUCAAGAUCGCACGUCAGAGGACGACCACGCUUCGGCGACAGACAGCCUCGACAUCAAAGUCAGUCCGCUCGAGUACAUUCAAACCAACCAGUCCCCGCGUGAUAAACCACCAUCCUCUGCGUCACAUCUUUCCUCACUGCGCUCCUCGUUCUUUGAUGUCGGUGGCCUGCUAGCUCGGGACGAACCACAACCGCAACCCGAUCACCGCCCGCGUCCCCAUACCGAUGCCCCCGAAUCUACCCCUACUCUCGAAGCCCAAUGGCAACGCCGCGGAAGUAGGGCUUUCCUUGAGGACCUCGGCGUCCUUGCCCCUCGUACUCCCGCCCCUGCGCAACUGCAGACGCGCUCCUCCUCACCACCUGCUAUCAAUACUGUACCCUACCCCCAACCGCUGUCUCAUAACCUCCCGCCUUACCGAGCCUCCCCCGACGUCUCACUCGAUGUGGAUGUGGAGCUCCAGGAUGUAGGCGGGCUGCUCUCGAGGCAUAACCCCCGCAUCUAA